AUGGUAGCAUCGCCAAGUCUCUCACAGAUCAAUUAUGGAAGGAUGCAUUUGGCUGGACACAAGAGGCUAAUGAGGUUUCCUUAUUUGAAGCAAGCAAUGUGCUCGGUUCGUGUGCUAGCUUUACUAGAUUUUUCUGUACCAUUUAUUGUGGAGGCAGAUGCGUUAGGGGUUGGUUUAGGGGCUGUGCUAAUGCAGAAUGGGCGUCCUAUUGCUUAUUUCAGUCAGCGAUUAGUGGUUGUAGAACAUAAAAAAUGGCUCACUAAAAUACUGGGGUAUGAUUUUGAUGUCCAAUAUAGCCUAGGGUUGGAAAAUAAAGUUGCAGAUGCAUUGUCUCGAAUGCAUUGUGGUGUUUCUUUUGCUGCCAUUUCCAUUCCACAUGUGUUGUCGAUUCCGGAUUUACAAGCGCAUGUCGUCACUGAUCCAACACUAUCCAAAAUAAUGAAGGAUUUGUCUACCGGUCAGCAAUGUGGGGGAUACUCAUUGGUGCAAGGCUGCAUCAAGUUCUGA